GGCGAGCCCGCUUAGUCGUUGAGGGAGGGGAGUGGAAGGAGAGGGGGAGCCCCCGGCGGGAGGGUCCUGGGGGCGGCGCCGCCGAGGCGGGGCGGCGGCUGGAUCCUGCCCCGGGACGGCGGAGCCGAAGUUGUGGCGGGGCGGCGGCCGUCCCUGUCUGCCUGCCGCAGUUGGUGCGAGGAGGAGGAGGAGGAGGAAGGGGGGAGCCUCCCGCCUCAGCCCCGCUGCCCCUCCGCUUGUUGUGCGUGAGAGACAGACACACACACGCCGCUCCCCGUCCCUCCCUCUCUCCUUCCCUCCCUCCCCUUCCCUCGCCCCGCACAGCCCCAGGAGGCCGGAGCGGGCGCGGCGCUGCCGCCGCGUCUCGGGGCUCCCUCGGCCCGGCCCGGCCCGGCCCGGCUGCCGCCGGAGGAGGAGGACGACGAGGAGGAGGAAGAGGAGGAGGAGGACAAGGAGCGCCCCGACGGGCGGGCGGGCGGCCCAGCCAUGAGCGGCGGGGAGGUGGUCUGCUCGGGCUGGCUCCGAAAGUCCCCACCGGAGAAGAAGUUGAAGCGCUACGCAUGGAAGAGGAGAUGGUUUGUGCUUCGCAGCGGCCGUUUAACAGGAGAUCCAGAUGUAUUGGAAUACUACAAAAAUGACCAUGCCAAGAAGCCUAUCCGAAUUAUUGACUUAAAUUUAUGUCAGCAAGUGGAUGCUGGAUUAACAUUCAACAAAAAAGAGUUUGAAAACAGUUAUAUUUUUGAUAUCAACACUAUAGACAGAGUUUUCUAUCUGGUGGCAGACAGCGAGGAGGAGAUGAAUAAGUGGGUCCGAUGCAUCUGUGAUAUCUGUGGGUUCAACCCUACAGAUGAGGAUGCUGUGAAGCCACCGGUCAGUUCUUUACAAGCAUCUGCUGAGUUACCCUUGCCUGUCAACACUUCACCGCCUUCCAUGCAAGCAGAAUCUUCCCUACCUCCUCCUUAUCAGCUUAUUAAUAUCCCCCCACUAGAGUCUUCCUCUGGUCAAGAAGAUCCUCAAGACUACCUACUGCUAAUAAACUGCCAGAGUAAAAAACCUGAACCUGUGAGAUCUCAUGCUGACUCUGCAAAAUCCAGCUCUUCUGAAACAGACUGCAAUGAUAACGUGCCCUCCCACAAAAAUCCUGCUCCAUCAGUGAGCAAGCACGCUGUGAAUGGCUUUUUUCAGCAGCAAGGUGUCUAUGACUCUCCUCCUUCUCGUACUGGACUGGCAUUGGCAGAUUCCAGCCUUUAUAACCUGCCUAGGAGUUAUUCACAGGAUGUUCUACCGAAGGCAGCAUCUCCAACUGGGACUGAUGCAGAAGGAGAGCAGCACGUUUUCAACACGCCAUCAGCAACAUCUUUGUUAGAUGCACAGUUGAGACACAUCUCCAUUAGUUAUGACAUUCCCCCCACACCUGGAGGUACUUACCAGAUUCCACGAACUUUUCCGGAAGGAACAAUGUCUCAGACAUCAAAACUAGAGACUAUUCCAGAUAUUCCUCCACCUCGGCCACCAAAACCUCACCACGCUGCAGAUCGAUCUCCUGUGGAAACAUGUAGCAUUACUCGUACUGCUUCAGAUACUGAUAGUAGUUAUUGCAUCCCUACAGCAGGAAUGCCACCCUCACGCAGUAAUACCAUUUCAACUGUAGAUUUGAAUAUCUUUCGUAAAGAAAUUAGUUCUCAAGACUGUUAUGAUAUUCCACGAACGUUUCCGAAUGACAGAUCUAAUUCACUGGAGGGCUUCCAUAACCACUUUAAAAACAGAAGCAUGUUGACAGUGGGAAGUGUUUCAAGUGAAGAACUAGAUGAAAAUUAUGUCCCAAUGAAUCCCAACUCUCCUCCACGACAGCAUUCCAGCAGCUUCACUGAACCCAUCCAGGAAACAAAUUAUGUACCAAUGACACCAGGCACGUUUGAUUUUCCGUUAUUUGGAAAGCAAGUCCCUCCUCCUGCUCACAUGGGUUUCAGGUCCAGUCCAAAGACCCCUCCCAGACGGUCAGUGCCUGUUGCAGAAUGUGAGCCACCGCCAGUGGAUCGGAACCUCAAACCAGACAGAAAAGGUCAAAGUCCUAAAAUUUUAAGACCUAAACCACAUGGUUUAGAGCGAACUGAUUCACAAACCAUAGGUGACUUUACUACAAGAAGAAAGGCAAAACCAGCUCCACUAGAAAUAAAACCGCUGCCUGAAUGGGAAGAAUUACAAGCCCCAGUUAGAUCUCCUAUCACCAGAAGCUUUGCACGAGACUCCUCCAGGUUUCCCAUGUCUCCCAGACCGGAUUCAGUUCAUAGCACAACUUCCAGCAGUGACUCGCAUGACAGUGAAGAGAAUUAUGUUUCCAUGAAUCCAAAUCAGUCCACUGAAGACCCAAAUUUGUUCGGUAGCAACAGUCUCGAUGGAGGAAGCAGCCCUAUGGUAAAACCUAAAGGAGAUAAACAAGUAGAAUAUUUAGAUCUGGACCUAGAUUCAGGAAAAUCUACCCCACCUCGUAAGAAAAAGAGUAGUGGUUCAGGCAGCAGUGUGGCAGACGAAAGAGUUGAUUAUGUUGUGGUUGACCAGCAGAAAACACUAGCACUGAAGAGCACACGGGAGGCAUGGACUGAUGGGAGACAGUCUACAGAAUCUGAAACACCGACGAAAAGCGUGAAGUGAAUAUACUGCCUUUUCUUUGGAGAACAGAAAGGAGUGAAUUUUGAAGAAUUACAGGACCACAAUGGCAGCAUGGCUUGAUUGUACAGUAUUCACUGGUGUGUGAAUAGGUUCUUGACCGAAUAGGAUGGAAGCCAAAUGACACUUCAAAUGUAUCAAAAGAAUUGUAAGAUCAUAAAUCAGCUAUGUGGUCUCUGGAAAAUUUGCAACCUGUAAAUAACAUGUAAAAUAGUACUGCUUAGCUUUCAGAAAACUUUUUGUUCUGUAGUUAACACAUCUGUAGUAUUACCAUGUUUAUGCACUUUUUCAGUUACAAUGUUGGUUCAGGUAUUCCCAGUUAGUGUACCUUAACGCCUAAUUUGUCUGGAGAUUUUUUUCUUUACACUACUAUUUCUUACAAGUUUAGGUUAAUUAAGCUACAUGUAGAUACGGAAAUUAAUAUUUGAACUUCAUUUAACAACUUAAAAUUGAUUUUUGCGGAAAUACUUCCACAAUUGAAUAAUCUACUUGAAAUGUCAAGAGAUGACCGUUAGUUACCUACUUGUUUAUAUUUAAUACAUGCGAAAGAUUAUUUGGAAGUCUACAGGUUACCUUCCUAACAAAAAUUGCUGUGAGUUAAUAAUAAUGAACUAUACUGGGUUUAGACCUACAAUCCUGGCUUAUAUGUUAGUUGUUAGUGGUGGAACUUCUAUUGUAUUUUAUUAAUGACAGUGUUCUGUGUUCGAUGGGUGAAGAUUCUGCAGGGUGGGAUCUUACACUUUUAAAGACUGAAUAAUUAAAUACCAAGUAAGCCUGCAAACCACUGAUGGCAUGCAGUAAUAUUGUGAUCUCACACUUAUUAACAAGAAAUAACCUUUAUAUUAUUUACAGAAGGUAGAGUAUAUAAAUCAGGUACGUACCAAGCACUGUUGUGCUAAUACACUGAUCAGGUUUAGACAAUGAGCUUUAGUUUUGUACUAUUUAGAAGUUCUAAUGUCAGUUUUCAGUUCAAGAUUAAUGGGACAGUUUGACAUUCACUGUUUGUAGUACUAGCAAAAUACUGUGAUUUUGAAUUAGACAUAAUUCAAACGGAAAUACUAUGUUUUGACACCAUAGUGCCCUUCUUAUGAUCUUUAUUUUACUUUAAUCUCCUGCUUGGCCUUAUAUUUAAAUCCCUAUGCAACUGAUAUUUUGUAUCUCUGUUUUUAAAAAUUAGGUAAUAUUCUUAAAUGAUCCCCUUGUAAACCACUUGUCGCUCUUUCCUGGUACAGGAUUUUAAGCUCUGUAUACUGUGAUCCUUUAUUUUACUAUGCCAGUUCCAAAUAAUAAUCUGCCUUGGUUUAGGAACAUGUUGUUGUUAUCUGGAAGAAAAUAGAGCUCUUUAAAUACAUGAACGAGUUAGGUCUAGAUAGAAAAUUUACUAACGCUUUUUUUACACAAAUGCCCAUAAGUAAGCAGUUGGUUUUAUUUUCCCACCCAAUUGUUUUAUUUUGUGCAAGUCAUUUAAAAGUUGAGUAUAAAGCUGUGUUGUUUUCCGGCACGUUGGCCUUAGUACUGUGUCUAUUCUACCAUUGGUUGUUUCUCUCCCCUCACAGCCACAAUCUACCAUAUGUAAAUUAUGUUAUUUUUAACAAAGGUUCUUUUUAAAUUAGUAAUAUUUUGAUGCUUUGAAUGUUCAUUUAAAAAAAAAAACUAAACACAAUGCAUUUUGAGGUGGAUUUUAAAUAAAUCAAGUUGUUCAGUUUUGAUGUGUAAAUUCUGUCCUGUGAAACAGUGAACGGGUAUUAAUAUGUGUGUAAAGGUGCCUAGAUACAAACCACUUUUCUCCCAAAGUUGUACAUUAUCUCUUAGUACCUUUCAAACAA